AUGACUAAAGAAGAUACCAAAGACAAAGGCGUGUCAAACAUAGCAGCACCAUCUACUCAUGUUCCUGAGAAGGAUAUACAUUCAUAUAAGAACCCCUAUAAUGGGUUCCAUUAUACUUUCAAAACUUGGCUAUAUGAUUUAGUCCUAUUAUGUUUUAAUGUUAUGUAUUCCACUUUUUUCAAACAAAUUGAAAUUAGAGGUGGUCACAACGUUCCACCAAUUGGUAUUCCAACCAUCUUAGUGUGUGCUCCACAUGCAAAUCAAUUCAUUGAUCCAUCUUUAGUCAUGUUAAAGACAAGAAACUUGAAGGGGAAAAGAUCAAGACAAACAUGUUUUAUCGUGGCAGAGUCUUCUUUAAAGAAAAGAUUUGUAUCAGAAUUUGCUCAAUUGACUGGUUCUAUUCCUGUACCAAGACCACAAGAUAAUUUGAAAUAUUUUUUCCAUAAGGAAACUAAUACUCAACUGAAAAUUAAAUGUCUGGAUCCAAUUGAUAACCCAACUCAAUUAAUAGUUUAUGAUGAAACUGGAGAAUCUAGAGAAAAUUUAUUGGAUGGGAUCACUAAAAAGGCAUUAAUUGGGUUGCCUGACUAUUUAGGUAAUUCCAAAAUUCAAUCCAUUGAUCCUUCGAAAAAUUUAAUUGAAUUACAAAAACCUUUUAAUAUGUCAAAUCUAAAGACUUAUACUCGUUUAACUGAAGGGACUUAUUUCAAAUAUGCUCCUCAUAUUGAUAAUACACAAGUUUUCCAAAACGUUUUCAAUCAUUUACAGACUAAAGGUUGUGUGGGUAUUUUCCCAGAAGGUGGAUCUCAUGAUAGACCUUCUUUAUUACCCAUUAAAGCAGGUGUGGCAAUCAUGGCUCUUGGUGCUGUUGCUGCUAAUCCGGAAUUGAAAGUGGCAGUCUUACCUUGUGGGUUAAAUUAUUUCCAUAGAGAAAAGUUUAGAUCUUCUGCUGUAAUUGAAUAUGGGGAACCAAUUAUUGUCGAUGGGAAAAUGGGUCAAGAAUAUAUUGAUAAUCCAAGAGAUUCUGUUUCCCAGUUAUUGGAUCAAGUUACAAACGCUUUAUUUUCUUUAACUGUUAAUGCUCCAGAUUAUGACACUUUAAUGACAAUCCAAGCCUGUAGGAGAUUGUAUAAAUUACCAACUGUGUCUUCUUCUGAUACUAUUACUACAUCUUCUUCAUCUACUUCAUUGGCUUCAGAUUCAUCUCUGUCACAAAAUAGGAAAAAAUUGAAAAGAUCAUCAUCAUUUUCAUCAAGUAUUUCUUCUACUCUUUCAUCUUUUAAUAUUAAUAAAACAAAUUCUCGUAUGAAUUCUUUACCUGUUAUUGUAGAAUUAAAUAGAAGAAUGUUACAAGGUUAUAAAAAAUAUAAAAAUGAUCCAAAGAUUCAAAAUUUAGUUUCUGAUGUGAAAAUUUAUAAUGAAAAAUUAUAUUCAAUUGGGUUAAAAGAUCAUCAAAUUAAUAAAUUAGAUUCAGAUUCAAAUCUAUUGAACAAAUUUAGAUUGAUUUUAAUUCUUUUAACAAGAUUGUUGAAAUUAUUCAUAUUGACACUUUUAUCUUUACCUGGUUCUAUUAUCUUUAGUCCGGUCUUUAUUACAAGUCAAAUUAUUUCACAUAAAAAGGCAAAAGAAGGUUUAAGUAAAUCAUUAGUUAAAAUUAAAGGUACUGAUUUAUUAGCUACUUGGAAAUUAUUAGUUGCAUUAGCUAUGGCCCCCAUCCUUUAUUUGAGUUAUUCAGUCAUUUUAUUGUAUCUUUUAAAUUCUGGAAAUUAUUAUUUGUCCAAAAUUUAUAUUUUAAAUUCCAAUUCUAUUAUAAUUCAAUUCAUGUAUUUCUUCAGUUUAUUGAUAAUAACAAGUUAUUCAAGUUUAAAAGCUGGUGAUAGUGGAUUUAAAAUUUUAUAUUCAUUAAAACCCUUAGUUAUAUCAUUAAUUUCACCACAGAAGAAAAUUAAUAAUUUGAAAAAAUUAAGAAAUGAUUUAUCCAAUAAAAUUACUACAAUCUGUAAUGAAUUAGGUCCCAGUGUGUUCCCUGAUUUUGAUAAGAUCAUUGAAUCAUCAAUUAAUAAUCAAUCCUUGGAAGCUCCAAAUACUACAACAAGAGACUUGUUCAGAAUUUCCAAGAAAAAACACAGAAAAAGAUCAAGUUCUGCUUCUUCUCAAAUUUCAAAUGCAUUAUCUACUGUUAAUUCAAGAGGUUCAUUAACGGAUGUUCCAUUAUUUGCUGAUAAUACGUUUACUAAAUAUAAUAAUUCUUUAUCGUCAUCAUCAAAUAUCACUACUGAUGAUGAUGAUGAUGACGAUGAUCAUAUUAGUAUUCAUAGAAGAGAUGUUUUAUCAUCGUUAGAUACGAAAAAUAUUGCACCAAAUGAUGGAGAUGGAGAUGGAGAACCAAUUAAAGAAACCAAGAUUAGUCAAAUGGUAAGGAAAAAAUGGGAAACUGAAGAAAUUGUAGAUGACGGAGAAGACUAA